AUGGUGGUAAUAAAUAAACCAGAAAAUGCACCUGCACAUUGUCCGGGACCUGACACAGAACAAGCAGGUAAAGCUUCAGCGUGUGCAGGUUGUCCUAAUCAAAAUAUAUGUGCAACUACUCCAAAGGGUCCUGACCCAGCCAUUCCUCUUAUCAAUGAAAGAUUGCAUCAGGUGAAACAUAAAUUACUAGUUUUAUCAGGGAAGGGCGGUGUGGGAAAAAGCACGUUUACUUCGCAACUUGCCUUCGCCUUCGCCAGUGACGAAAAUGUACAGGUGGGUGUUGUGGACAUUGAUGUGUGUGGACCAUCAAUUCCAAGGAUUAUGGGAUUAGAAGGAGAGCAGAUACAUCAAAGUAUGUCGGGAUGGUCACCCGUUUACGUGCAGGAUAACUUGGGGGUGAUGUCCAUUGGAUUUAUGUUGCCUAAUCCGGAUGACGCUGUUAUUUGGCGAGGACCAAAGAAAAAUG